GCCUACAGUGCCUUAUGUUGGUACUAUUUGUGCUAGUUUUGUUUGAAGGAAGGGAACGGAAGGGUGUAGCUUGGUGAAGGAAAGUACUAUGUUAACCUGAAUGAAAUGGAUUAUAACGUUAAUUUUGGUUCAGUAUUCAGUGUAAUAGCCCUACUCUUGUGCCUGGUGUCGUUAGGUGAAGCUAUUCAGUGUUACCAGUGUUCUUCAGGGCAGGAUCAUAAAGGAGAAGAUAGUUGUGGAGCAUAUAAGAAAUUUGAUAAAAGUCGUCACAUUGCCAUUGAAUGCAACAGUGAUGAGUCAUACACUCCUGGAUCUUUCUGCAUGAAGAUAACUCAGCAAGGUCCAAAGGGUUUUAUAUGGGAUGGAAGAUGGAGACAAGUUAUAAGACGUUGUGCAUCUGUUGCUGAUACAGGAGUAACUGGAGUGUGCAAUUGGGGUGUUUAUGACAAUGGAAUAUAUUGGGAGGAGUGUUAUUGUUCAGAAGAUGGCUGUAAUGGCUCAUCUUCAGUACAGACAUGCUUGUUUGUUAUGAUGGGGUCUCUAGGUUUUAUAGCAUUCUUUCAGAAGUGGCUGUCUUAAAUAUUUUUUUGAGUAAUUUGUAUCAUGCUGUAGAUCUAAUAUAAGAGUUUAUUUCCAGAAGUAUAUAGAAGAUGGGGUGUGGCUGAUAGACUUGGACAGGAAAAUAUUAAUACUCAACAGCAUUAUGUGCUUCUGGAUACUGAAUUUCAACUUCUGUUUGAUCACUAUGUGUAUAAGAUGUAACAAGUCACCUCCCCAUAAAGAUUGGUUAGAAAAGCCAUUAUAAUAGUUCCCUUCUGCACACUCCUCUUCUAAAUGAUAUUUUCAGUAUUAUAGACCAUGUCAGAAAGUUUGUUUUUAGUGUCUGUUGAAUUCAGCGAGUCUUGGGAACCUCGAAAAAUGGCCUAUUUAAGAUUAGGUCAAGAAUUGAAUUUUCUGUAAAUUUAUACAUGAAUCUCCCAUUUUCUGCCAUGUGUAUGUUAUCUAUUACAUGUAUUACUACUGAGCCCAUUUAUAGUAAAAUUAUACACAUAUUGUUAACUGUUAUCUCAAAUUACUGGGAACAUUUUAUAUGCUUGCAAUCAUCUUUACUAGGUUUAACUGCUUACGUAACUGCAGUUGUAAUUUUUAUAAUGUGUUAUAUGAAGAGUAUGUGGUGCUGAGGAUAUUUUUACAUUUUUAUGUUGUAAAUUUACCUCCAUUACCUUGCUCUUUAUGCAUGGUGCACUUGAAAUUUAUAUGAAAUUUUGUUUUAACAGUAAUAUUACAGUCUUGAUGCUGUAAUAAAUACACCAAAAACAAAAUAAUUUCCUUGAAAAUGGAACUAAAAAUUGCAUUGUGUCUGUUUUUCCAUCAGGAAGUAACGAUGCAAAUGAGGUCUUUUGGGGGGGGCACAACCAUUUUGCAUGUUACAUGCUGAUGUGUCUUAUACAUGAGGAAAUAUAGUAUAGUAUGUUUCAGACUUUACUGUAGGUUGUAGAAAUAUGAAUGGUAAGAUUUGUUACAUAUAUUGCUUAUUUGGAAAGUAUUAUUUCAAGAGGCAGCUAAACUGGGAAGAAUUCCAAUAUUAUUUUAUCAUAACUCCAAUAAUUAACAAAAGUAACUAUACUGAGAGAUGAAAUAAUUCUCACAUAACUAAUUCUGUUCGGCAGGUACAGAAAAUUGUAUGAGGAUAUUACUAUUUUAAUGAAAUAAUAUUUUAUAACUUUUAUUGAUGUUUUAUGAAUUUAGGAAAGUUUCUUAAUUAUAUAUAUAUAUAUAUAUAAAAUAACUUUUUGAUUAAUGGCCAUCUGUGUUUCCCUUUAUCAGUAGAUUGUGUCUGCAAAAUGGUCUGUCUCAAAAUUAUAGCAAACAAUUUAAGAACAUGAUUUUCCAGACAACUCUUUGAGUUUUUAAGCUAUGUCUUGUACUGUUUUUCAGUAUUAGUUUUGCAGUCAUUCACCAUUUCCUAAGUCAUGUGUAAUAACAUUAAAAUACAAUAAUUUUUAUACAUCAGUGAAUGAGCGAGAGUCAAUACUAUGUUUAUUGCAGCGGUGACUGAAUUCACAAGUCAUAAAUAUUUAUAAUGGUUGUAAUUUUCAAACUUCUACUAUGUAAAUUUCUUCCUUUUAUGUCCCUAAUGAUGUACAAAAAUGAAGCAGCUUAAAGCAAACAGAAUAUUAACAGCCGCAACUUUAGAAAAAAGUCAAGAAAGGUUGAGGACACGACGUUACCACAUAAUAAAGUCAACUUAAUAUAGUGAACCAUCCACAUAAUAAGCACAAAGUAUAAAGGACAAUCACAGAGCUGAGACAAGUAUCUGUGCGCAGAAGGCAUUAUUCUCCUUAUUUUAGUUUGCAUUGCUACUUGCAUGUGAUCCAUCUGGCCUUCCAUGCAUCAUGCUGAGUGACAUAUGUCUUAACAGUUAAUGCCAUAGUCUGGCUGAAACAUGAAUGUGCUCCAAGAGACACUUAAGACAGCAGGCAGCUGACAUAGAUCAAGGUUAUGAGAAGAUAAAGUUGUCCUCUGCUUAAUUAUGGAGCAUAAUUUUAAUAAACAAUUACUAUAUAGUGGGAAUUAACACAGUAAGAGGACUGGAGAAAGAUGUAUAGAGAAAUUAAUUCAUAUAUGAAAAUAAACCAUAACCAUAAUGUAUGGAUGGAAAAUAACAUCAUUGCUGAGGGCAGUUUAGGCGUGAAAGUAAAGUUGAGGUGAAGAAAAUGACAAGCCCAAGUGGAGGGUGAGAGAAGAGGAAUGACAAAAGAACAAAUGCAAGAGAAUAGGUUGUACAAAGUGAUUUGAAUGGAAAUUGGUCAAUGAAGUGACAACCCACACCUGCGUGAAUGAGGAGGAUAAGUUAACCAACUGAUCUGCUAUAAAAUUGUCAUAUACCUUAUAUUAUUUCUUUAAUGUGCUGUUUUAUUUGCAUGACCUGGUGUGUUGUGCUUAUCCUGGCUCUGGCCUCAUGGAGUCGUCGGUGGCAUAGUUAUAUGCCAUUUUCACUUGUUUUGGACAGACUCUGAUUUAUGGCAAAAUACUUCUAAGUUAUACUGUCAAUUAAUAGGCUUUGUAGAACUUCUUUUUCUGUCAUAAUACCUACUUAAAAUUGCAUCCAAAAAUUGUUUGUGUCUAUAGACUUCAAGGGGAAAAGAAGAUGUAAUUUGGACCAUAAUAACAAAUUGAGGAGCAUGUAAUGAAAUUAUUCGACAGCUUUGUAUUCCGGGUUGUAUUUUGCACUAAUGUGUUUGAUUUGUGUAUUGUGUUCCACGAGGAAUACACUCAACUCGAGUAUAUUUUACGUAGUAUUUAUACUUACAUAUGUUAGCAGUGUGUGAUAUUUUGAUGUGUACUUUUGUGUGCCUUAUUCCAAGAAGGAAGGGUAUUAAAAUACAUUAUGGCCGUCCAUUCAUUGAAUAUUAUGAGCAGAGUUGUUUGUUGACAGUGUUCUAAUUGUGUUUUUAGACAUAUAGCAAUAAAUGUGUGCGCACACAUAAUAGAUAUGGUAACAGUAAUCUGAUAAUUUAAGAAUACUGUAUGUCAACCAUAUUUAAUGUGUUGAUGUAGAAUCUCUGCAUACAUGUGAUGUAUAAGCAGGGAAUAUUCUAAAAAUAUUGAUCUUAAUCAUUCCACUUGUAGGAAGUAUACCAUUUAAGAAUGUAUAUAUUUUUGUAACUGAACAAGUAUUUUUAUUGGGUUUUCACAUUUUAUUGGUCUUUCAGUUCUUUUGUUGUAAGUCAUCUAAUUAUCAGAUUCAGAGUUUUACAAAUAAAAUAAUUUUGUACUCUU